CAUCAUGGUAUAUAAUGUCAACGACAGAUAAAGAUGAAGUCAACGUCGAUUUCUCUUCGUCUCAUAGAUGGUUGUACUUAUACUUCAGAGAUAUUUAUGCUUGCACGACCAGAUCGAGAUACUUGAUUAAUUUCAUACUGUGGCAGUGCUGCAAAAGUUGUUUUCGUCUGAUAAUACUCAGUAAUUAAUAUCUUAGUAGAUUAGAUGAGCAUGAUCUUACACCCCACGAGUGG